GCUGCUCCAUCACCGAGGCCAUUACCAUCCUGAGGAAUAAGCUUGGAGAUUAUCAGGGGCAGUUCAACACCACCCACCUGCUGGCCCUCUGCGACUACUUCUACAACACCUUCAUCCGCCACUACAGACUCUACCAAUAUGUCCUGGGCCAGGACCAAGAAGUCAACCUGACCGUCAACCACGUGGAGGUGUGUGUGCCGCCCCAGCCCCUCCCACUGGCUGAGGGCAAGGACAGGGGCCUGUGGAAGCUUGAGCUGAAGUUGGCUGAGCUCACUAUGGCCGAGGUGCAGAAGCGCACCAACGUGCUGCUCCUGAAGGAGGCGCUGCACCUGGAGCAGGAGCACAUGCUGCAGAAGAAGUUCUCGGAGGUGACUGUGCAGCAGAAACGGGUUCUGGAGAGAGAG